AUGGUUGCCGAGAAGACCAACGACAUGAAGGAGCAGGCGCGUGAAGAGGCUCAAGGGAGCAGCAGCAAUCAGCAACGCCAGGCCACUCCCUGCUCGAAGGAUCAAGAUCCCGGCCUCCAAACCCGUGCUGAGGCCUUGGAGGCCCAAAGUUUGGCGCGCAUCGCCGGACAGUGGCCUGACGACGAAGAUGAUCCCUUUGCGAACAUCACUUCGCUCGAGGACUUAGAUGAACCAUAG